GCUACUACACCGGACGCUGUGUGUGAUCAUAUGAGUAGGUCUUUCCUCAAAAACAGGAGGAGUCUGUACACUUCAUUAAUUUUAACAUCAGCUGUGAUCAAACUAAGUUUUUUAAACAUAAAUCUUCUAGCAGAGUUAAUUUACUAACUCUGUCCAGAUUUAUCGGCGGUAUAGCAAGUACAGAUGGGGGGUAAAUACGGACCCAAGGAGGUAGCAGUUCCAUUAAAUGCCAUUUAAUCCUUCAUUUUGAACCAGCGCAAACAGUUAUUCGCAUAUAUUGUUUGCACUUUUGAUGUGGUUAUAGGUACGAAGUCUGAUGUGAUUACUAGUUAAUAUAUGUAUAUUAUGUUUAGGUACAUAACCCCUCAACUUUUAAUAUCUAUAUUUCAUAAACAAAUAUAACAACAAAUUUUCCCCUUCUCAGGAAAGUUUAGAAACUUGUUAAGAUGGCAGGUAGCAAAGUGGACGCCAAAGUUGUUUUGCUGGGAAAAUCCUAUGCUGGAAAGACUUGUUUGGUGGAACGCUAUCUAAAAAAUCGUUUUCUUGGAGACACUGUGCCAUAUCAAAAUACCAUUGGAGCUGCUUAUGGAGCCAAAACAGUUACAAUAAAUGGCAAGAAUAUUGUGAUAGGAAUUUGGAAUCUUGCUGGUGGAAUGUGUGUCCAGGAUACAGCUGGCUCAGAAAGGUAUGAGGCCAUGAGCCGCAUUUAUUACAGAGGAGCAAGGGCAGCUAUUCUGUGCUUUGAUCUUACAGACAAGUCCAGUUUUGACCGAGUGCGCUUCUGGAUUGGAGAGUUGCGUCAGCAUGAAUCGGAGUGCAAGAUUUACCUAUGUGGAACCAAGUAUGAUCUUAUAGCAGAAGACCCCGAGAAAAGAGCUGUCUCAGUCAGUGAUGCAAAGUCUCUAGCAGUUGACUGUAUGGCAGAUUUAUUUGAAACAUCCAGCAAGACUGGAAAAGACAUACUUGAGAUGUUCAACAAGAUUGCACAAAAUUAUGUUGCAAGCAAAAAUUUAAAAGAAGAGAAAGAAGAUCAAAGCUUUGUGUUGAAAGAAUCUGGCAGACGACACCAUUGUUUGUGCACUUCAUGAUGGUUUUUCUGUUGUGGUCUCCAGUGGUCAUUUAUCACAGCUCUAAUCACCUCACAUGGUUUGCUGCCUUGCAUUUGUAUGGGGCCUCUAUAUUUGUGAUAUCCAGACUGAGCAAUGCUGCUUGCAAUUUUAGCUCAUGAACUGCAGCAUGAAACAUUAUAUUUUUUCGGUAUGUUAUGCUGAACGUUUAAUAUUUUGGUUCUCAGUUCACCUGCAUUAUGUUUCUCUCCAAAUAUCUGAAAUGCUGCUCUUUUGUGUGUUUGCAGAUGUAUUUAUUCAUUUGGGAAAGAAAACUACAAUCUGUCAUAACAUAAAAGAAUUAUCCCGUCAUUGUUUAUGAAGAGGUAACCGAAAAUACCAUUUUCAGAUAAACGGACUGGAAAAAAAACCAAUUAACACUUAACAAUUAACAAGAAUGAGAUCUACUUGUUUAGUUUUUCAUCACUAGGUUUAUGAAAAUAAAUACAUGGCAAAAAGGAAAAUGAAAAGGGUAGCUAGGAGGGAAAAAAAGGCAAUAAAUGUUGGUUUCAGUUACCAACAUCCAUAUUAUAUGCUUGUGAAAACGGUUGCCUUUUCAUCAACAGUAACAGGAUAAUUAUAUAUAUAUAUUUCAGUUAUUUAUAAGCCGUUACACAGCAUGUUCACCAUCUGUGUUCAUGAAUGUAAGUGGUAACAAGUCAAUGGAUGUCAGGCUUGUACAUUGAUACAUUGAAUUAGACUAUUAGCGUAAUACCUCAUUUCAGAUCAAGACUGCUGUAAUGAAUGUGUGUGUUUGUGUGCGUGUGCACUGCUUACAAUCUCUAUUCCAAUGCAUAGGUGUGUCAGGGUUUCUCAUCCAGAAAAUGGCUAGGGUGUUUUUAGAACCCUAUUUAAAAUUGUUAUCAGUCUACAGAAGUGUAUAUUAAUUACUAUUUUGACCAUUAUCUCUGAUGUCAUUUAUUUGAUAUUCAUGCAUAUAAAGGUAUGUCACUGAUGUUUGGUGGCAGUGAUGAAAUAUCAGCUUUCCUAUCGAAUUUACAUGUCUUACAUAAACCUUUUUGAAUUUUCCUGUUCCUGAUGCCAAAUAAUUUUUGCUUUCAGACCCUUUGGAAAAUUGUCUUUGUAUGAUUUGCAGCUCUCUUAUAUGAUUUGAACACAUUUCUACAUGAUGGAAAGUGUGUGUGCACUUGCAUAUGCGCAUGCAUAAUCACUAAAGAGAAUUCGAUGACUAUGGUGUUCUCAUGUUUAUCAUUCUUGAUUCAGAUUUGGUGGAUUAUUGCUGGUUGGUCUUCUUGUUUCCUUGGGCUUUUAAUUUAUCUUGUUAAUUUUUAAUGCACUUGUUGAUGGCAGGAUGUGAUAUUUUUGUUGUGAGAGUGUGCUUUUGCUUUUUUUUUCAUAUUCAGGUCAUUCAUUAGCCAUCAUGUGCUUAAUGAUUUUAAGUAGGAGUUCAAGUUAUAUCAAAUGAUAUAUCAAACUGUCUCAGCUAAUCCACAAUGACAUUCAGCAAAAAUACUGAAAUAACAAAAGUUAUGAAUUGUUGCACCCAGCUGAGUGUGUGAUCUGAACAGUAUUUGUUUGCAUUGUUCCUGAAGCAUUAAAACAAAACAAAAGCAAAAUUUGUAAAAGGAUUGUUUCGUUCCUUUUAAUAUAUUUAAAAAUUAAUUGUGCAACUCAUACUGUUCCACUUCGUUGUUUGGAACAAACAGAAACCACAGAUGUUUUGUAAAUGUCAUUUGGCAGCUUAGAAACUAAAAAUUUAGUUCAACUUUUGGAAGCAUGUCUGCAUCUUUCCAUCUACAUGGUUUUAGUUGAUCAUCAUUUAUCUCACAGCCAGCAAUUGUAGAGGCACUACUGAUGACCUGGCUACUUACUUUUCCAUAGCUGUCAUUAUUCGUGAAGAUAAAUGGCAAUUUAUUGUGUAAUGGUACUGGGAUGAACGCUGUAGGCAUGCCUGUUUAAAUAAAAAAUUGUUUCUUUACCUUACAAAUGAUACUUUUUAAUUUAUUCAUAGAACUUCCCCCCCAACCUCCAUAUUAAAAAUAGUUUUAAAAAAGGCAGGCAGAAAUGAUCUGUACUGAAAGAUUUGUAGACAACAGUCCGUUACAUGAUGGUAUUUAUAUACUUUGGUAUUAAAGACCAAACUUUUUCAGGCUAAAGUCUCAUGGUCAAACUUCGCUGGAUUUAAGUGGCUUUUAAGUCUGCAUGUAGUCACAGACACAACUGGACAACUGUAUGGUCUUCUUGCAAAUUAUAAUUCUUUUCCUCUUCCUGAUCAAUCCUGUAGCGACUGAAUUUACAUAUUAACCUAUUAUGAUUGUAUUCUUUGAAUAUUAGUUGUAAUCACUAACGUUGUAGAAAAAUCUGUAUCGCUAAAUUUGCUACAAGAUGUAAUUGUGCAUUAUUUUUAUGAAAGUGCUCUUCAUUAUGAAAUUAAAACCUUAAGAGCUUGUUCUGUAGUCAGCAUGCGGGCAAAUGCCAGUUUAGACAACUUCUGAAAGGUCAUCAGUGCAGUCAGAGCUUGCAUCUGUGACAUACAGCUAUGUACCUUGUAUUCUUUCAUGAAGAAGUCAUUAUAAUAUUUUGUGUCCAAAUGAACAAACAAUUUUUAAGAAAUAAAGUUUUACUUAAAAACCUC